AGACGGCUUGGAUGGAAAACGCUUUCAAAUCAGGCUCCAAGGCCCUGAACUGGAUUCCGAAUCUUUCCCAUACAACCUACUGCACCUGCAGUUUUCUUACCUUACUUGAGGGCAACUCCAUCCUUCGUGUGCUCACGCCAAAAAACUUGAUGCCGGUCUUUCACAAUCCACAACCUAAUCAGUUAAAAAAUAGUUUUUCCUUUCUGAUUAAUUGCGCACUUUGAUCCACACAGUCUUCUUCUUGGUCUGAUUUUGGUCCUCGACUCUCCUGAUAAAGGCGUGGAAAUCGAUUCAACUCGCGACGCUCGGUCCGCUAAGACUUCAGGGUUUGAGACCUUAAACCUCGGGAGCGUGGGGCCGGGUCGCGGUUGAGACUUUUCUUGGCUCCGCCGGUCCAAAUCGGCCUCUUCCGGGCCUGUCCUCGGGGGCCGGGGGCAGGGCGGGGCCGCCUCAGCGGGGCCCCUCUCGCCGGGUCGGGAGCCCCACACCUCGCGUGGCGCCGGCGGAGAAGCUUCCGGCGGUGUUGAUUCAAUUUGCCCGCGGCCCGCGAGACGCAGGGGCGCGGUGCGCGCGGGCGCACACGGCGACUUUGUGGUUCUCGGGCACCCGCUGCCCUCCCGGCUCCUCUCGUUCUUCCUCGCGGGCAAUAACGUCCGGGCAGGAAGAGACCUGUAGGAGACGGGAAGCCUCUCCUUUAAGUCCUGUCCAGUCAGGAUCCAAAAACGGUCUUGAAGAGACAGAGGGCGAGGUGAAAACAGAUUAAGGGAAAAGAAGAAAUCCCAUGCGAAUUCCUCAUCUAAACGCACCUGAAGAUGAAGUCAGCGUCCGCAGCGACCCGGUCCUCCCGGCGUGGUGAAGGAGGCAGUAAGAAUGUUCUUUGUGAGAAAAUGUUCCAACUGAAGACUGUGAUGCAUCAACCCUCAGAGAAGAAGGGACCUGCUGAGAGGGGAGUGAAUGAGCAGAAGACUCAGCCUGAGAAAGUAGGAUUCUCCUCUGUGUCCCACAGUGGGAAAUAUUCCUUGAUCCAGGAUCAGGCUCGAGAGUUGACCCACCUGCGGGAAAAGAUGAGGAUUGGGAGGGCUGUCUCUUCCCUUCUCAUCCAGCAUGUCAAGAACACAGUGAAGACCUUUGAAGAGCUCCUCAGCAGUAAUAAGAUUGACUGCCACAUGGAGCAGCAUUUCCGUGAGCAGCUGGCCAAGGGCAGCCAGCUGGCAGAGAGCCUUGCCAGCAAGUUCAACACAGAUGACUGUAUAAGUAAGAAGAAUCAAAGAGAACAGGUGCUGCAGGACCUCAGUAUCUUAAGGGAGUUGCAGAAGAAGGGUAAAAUGACAGAAGUCCUAGAGACCAAGCAGGAUGCCCGGCCCCAGACUAGGCCCCAGACCCACUCCAGCAGCCAUGCCCAGUCCGCUGCCCAUCGCUCCCCUAGCAGCACCUCUCCGCUGUUUGAUGAGCAGGAAGUGCGCCCUGCAGUGGAUGUGGCCAAUGAGAGCCCAGCCACUCCUGCUGAUUCAGGUUCAUUGCCCAGCAACCAUUCAGAAGCCAUGUCUGCUCAGCCCUUCUAUCCUUUGAGUGGCACCACACAACUGAGUGGGACACCAGACCCUGGGCUUCACGGCAGCAGUGGCCCAUGGGACGAGAUGAGGCCUCAGAAGAUGAAUGCAUCUGGGAACCUAUCCUCCUUCUCCUCUUUAUACCAGCCCAACUCCAAGCCCUCUGGGGCCGACCUGCUGGAAAAGAAUCCUGUUGAGAUCCAGAACCUGCGCCAGCGCCUGGAGGAAUCCAUAUUCAUCAAUGACCGCCUGCGGGAGAGGCUGGAAUAUGUGCUCAGCAAAGCUCACCAAGGAAAAAGAACUGCACAGCCAGCUCCAGAUAUCUCCCUUGCAACCCCUCGUUCAUACAUUGAGAGUCACUAUUCUGGCUCUGGUAAGGACAUCUUGUGACAUGACAGCAGGAGGGUCUAGAGAUAUGUUCUCCAGAUUUUCCAGCCCUAUCCAACAGCAUUCGUGGAUGUAAACUUGGAGGCAUCAGAUAUUACCUUUAAAUGAAUGGAUCA